AUAUGUCUUCGGCUUGGCGUGGCUCGAGCAACAUGAGUCACAAUAAGACUCAUAACUCCACUUUAAGCACGAUUAUCGGCCAAGUUUGCUGCUUGACAGUUGACGCACCUUCCUCUCGGUACAGAGAUAUUCAGGGCCAGGGUUAGGGUAUGUGAUGGCUGGCGUUGGUGUUUGGUUUUGCUAAUCCAGUGAAUUGCAAGCUUGGCAUACUUGUCUUUGAGUGCCCCACAGAGGGGCCUUAAUUUAUGGAAGGAGAAGACAUCCAACUUGAAUCAGAAAUGGAGGCUUCAAGCAAGAUGUUUACAUGGAGCUUGAAGUUGGUCGGUUUCUGUGCAACCCGAUCUACGAUUCGCUCCUGCCGUCGGGUUCAACUGCCGGAUCCGAGCCGACCCGACCCCAACAACAUACGCACGAUCUCACCUCAGGCACACUGCGCCACAGGCGUGCAUGCCGCCCAGGUUGUAGUGGAUUCACAUUCAGAUAUCCCAAAGCCGAAUAUGCAAAUGCGGCGGCCCGUGGUGUUUUUGAAUGCACUCGGACAGCUUCAUGGGAUACUGAAUUCAAGAUUGUGCUUGGGCUUUCAUGCCCCAACUUGAAGUCAGCCUUCCCAGGACUGCCUCACCGACGCCGCAUCUUCGACGUUCUGCUGUCUCGUCCGUUCGACAGGCAAUCUGCCACUGCGAGACCAGGGCGACGCCAAUUGGCGACCCGCAGUGGCAGGCGGCUGCCCACUGUCUGGCUCCAGGGCUACGUUCGACACCGAAUCACGCUCCGGGGACCGGGGCGAAGACCAUCAGAUCUGCCCUGUCCGCAGCUGUCAAAACGAUGAAAGGUCGAAACUUGUCCGCAAACGCACCAACCAGGAACUCAUUCGUUCAGCCUCGUCGUCUCGACACGCUUUCUACGUUCUUUACCUGGGGUUUUCUUUCUUCUGAAAACCCUCAUUCACUUGUCAUACGCUUGACAAACAUCGGCUGCGCAUUUCUGACCUUGGCGUCGCACUGCCGG